AUGCGCCCAACCAUGGCUCUCGAAGAAAAGGAUCACGAGAGCGUGACGCAUAUGGAGCAGGGAGAGACAGACCAACAUGUCAAGUCCGUCGAUCUUGCGAAGCAAGCAGCGGACGAGGAGCACGCGUAUACAUUUUUCCAAGCCAUCCGCAAAUACCCUCAGGCAGCAAUAUGGUCGGUCUUGCUCUCCACUUGUAUUGUCAUGGAGGGAUACGACAUUGUCCUCAUGUCAUCCUUUUUUGCGCAGCCAGCCUUCACCAAACGCUACGGCUCAUAUAUAGCCAGCAGUGACAGCUACCAGAUCACCGCAUCGUGGCAGAAUGGCCUUACCAACGCUGUCUCUGUGGGCACCAUCAUCGGCGCCUUCGCUAAUGGAUACUUCACUCACCGGUUUGGAUAUCGGAGAGUGUUACUCGCGAGUUUGGUUCUCAUUACCGCUUUCGUAUUUAUCCCCUUCUUCGCAAAGAGCUUGCCUGUCCUCCUAGUCGGUGAAUUUCUGUGCGGUAUCCCUUGGGGUGUCUUUGCAACUAUGGCUCCAGCCUACGCUUCGGAAGUCUGUCCGAUGGCUCUGCGCGGCUACCUCACCGUUUAUGUUAAUCUGUGCUGGGCUAUCGGUCAGCUCAUCUCUGCCGGAGUGCAGUCUGGGUUCUCUGAACAUACCAGCGAAUGGGGAUACCGCAUUCCGUUUGCUCUCCAGUGGGUAUGGCCCAUUCCGCUGUUUGUGAUAUUGAUAUUCGCCCCCGAGUCACCCUGGUUCUUCGUCCGACGCGGUGAUUAUGCAUCUGCCGAGCAAAGUGUGAUUCGUCUAGGUGUGGAGUCUAGCCGUGAUGCCAAACAGACUAUAGCUAUGAUGAUCCAUACCGACGCAUUGGAAAAGCAAAUCGACCAGGGCACAAGCUACCGGGACUGUUUCCGGGGCGUUGAUUUGCGCCGCACGGAAAUUGCCUGUCUGACAUUCGCCGCGCAACCAUUCUGCGGGACUUCCAUGGGCGGCACUCCGACCUACUUUUUUGUGCAGGCUGGUUUGCCAGCUAGUAUCUCAUUCAAGAUGUCUGUGGGCGGACUUGGCUUGGCUUUUGUUGGAACCGUCAUCUCCUGGUAUCUUCUGCAUUCCUUUGGCCGCCGAACCCUAUACCUUUGGGGUCUUGGACUUCUGACGAUUAUCCUAUUCAUUGUGGGGUUUGUGUCCGUUGGUGCCGGAGAUUCAGUUCAAGGAAACUAUGCACAAGCCACAAUGAUGCUCGUCUGGUUACUCGUCUAUUACCUUACGGUUGGACCUAUAUGCUAUGCGAUCAUUAGUGAGACUUCGUCUACUCGCCUGCGAAACAAGUCUGUGUGCCUCGCCCGAAUCGUAUACUACAUUGCCCAGAUUAUCUGCAAUGUUGUCAAUCCAUAUAUGCUCAACCCGACUGCUGGAGACUGGAAGGGUAAAACUGGCUUCUUUUGGGGUGGCUGGGCCUUGCUUUUCUUUGUUUGGACAUUUUUCAGGUUGCCAGAGACAAAAGGGAAGACUUUUGAAGAGCUAGAUAUCCUGUUUUCUAGGAAAGUCAAAGCCAGGGACUUCGGAAAGUAUCGUGUUGAUGCAUAUGCGCAGGGCGAGGAGGUGCUCAAAAAGAAUGAUUGA